ACAGCAGCAGUCACCGUCGCCAGCAUGGGCCCAUAACGCACAGGCCAGGAGGAGUCAGACUCACGCACACACACACGCACAAUGAGGAAACUGGUUCUGCGGAGAACUCAAUCUAACCUGGGACAUUUAUUACAAACACUCCGUCACUUUGGGAUUGUUUUUAAAAGCUUCAUUAUUAGGGAAAAAAUAGCAAAAUUUGACAAAUAUAUGUGCUUAAAAAGUGGAUGGAUAAUUAUUUUUGCUUUAAAAUUGGACUCCUCGGCUUUAAAUUCAGCUGUGUUGAAGUUUAUGUCACGAGGAGAUUCAAACAGGUGUGAGGAGCUGAGAGGUCCCAGGUGGCGCAUGUUGGUCGGUCGUGGCCAUUGCCGAUAGGAGCUUUUUUUUCUUGCAGGGUGAAGCAACCCUCAUCCGAAAAUAGUGUUGGCUGUUAGAAAGUAGGUCGAUAGGAAGCGAAAGGGACGCUUGUUUCCCCGCUUUUGUCUGUCUUCUUUGUUGUUUUAAGCGACGGUGUGCGUUUUUUUCAGAGCCCACCCUUGUGCGGAGCGUUUUGCGCACAGGUGGGAGAAAGGCGCUCAGCUUAGGACAGCCCCCCACCUCCUGAUGAUGAUGUGAGGAAGUGACAUUUUUUUUUCACCCCGCUGCGACUCGGGACAGCACGGCUCAUCUGCAAACAGGUGUUCCGCUCUCCGGGCCACUCGGAGGCGUGCGCUCCAGAACCCCCCGAACCGAGCCUCGGACGCGCGACAGCAGGGGAGCAAGAGGAGGAGGAGGAGGAGGAGGAAGAAGAGGAGGAGGAGGAAGUCUGCUCUUUAUUAGCCUGGGCCGUUUGAACGGGUUCAGACGGAGGGAGAGGGAGAGGGGGAGCGAUGGCAACGAAAAAGGCGUGCGUGGUGGAUGCGGGCAGAAGGAGCCGGAGUCCGGUCGUGCUGGAGGCUGAGAUGUUCCGAGAAUUUCAGGACUGGUGCCUCCGAACUUACGGAGACUCCGGCAAAACAAAGACGGUGACCCGGAGAAAAUACAACAAAAUCAUGCAGACACUGUUGCAGAACGACGAGUCGGACGGCGUGUACGUCGACAACAGCCACAUCAACGCCAAAUUCAAAUUCUGGGUGAAGUCCAAAGGGUUCCAGGUCGGGACCAACGUCCUGGGCGAGCACAACAAGAAGGGAGCGCCGGGAAAACCCGUUCUAUACGUCCCGGUGAAGUCAACGUGUUCCGACGGGAACUCAGCCCAGGAGAACUGCUCCCUGAAGCGCGUGGCUGUUGUCGAGGACUUCUUUGACAUCAUCUACGCCAUGCAUGUGGAGAUGGGUGCCGACCCGGGAAGAGCGCCCAAACACGCCGGCCAGAAGAAAACCUACAAAGCAAUCGCAGAGACCUACGCCUUCCUGCCCAGAGAGGCGGUGACUCGGUUCCUAAUGAGCUGUGGAGAGUGUCAGAAGAGGAUGCACAUUAACCCGAGCGCCGCCGAGUUCAAAGAGAACGACAGACCAUCAUCUCUGGUCCCGGACCUCAUUGACUACAACAUGCCUCUCACUGCCACCUACCUGAAGCAGAUGAAGCUGCAGUGCAUGACCACGGCGGACAGGGAUGACAGUUCGGUGAGCAGCGAGGACAUGAACAACGCUGAGCCCGCAUGGGUCGCAGCUGAUCAGCCCGCGGCGCCAGAUCCCAGUCCCCCUAACCGGGAGAGGGUCAGCAACCCGGCAGCCACCAUCAAGGAGGAGAACGAUGACGACUUCUCUGAAAGCGGCAGUGCCAACGGGCUGCCAGCUCUGACCUCUCCCGAGGCCCUGGCUGUGGGUGGGACCCCCCAUGAUGGCGGCGCCCCCUACAUGGAGGUGGCUGAGAAUGGCCUGAGCGCUCCACUGGACUUCAGCACCACCUCAUCCUCGUCUUCAUCCGAAGACCAGCAGCCCAUCAACCUGAGCGACAGAGUGCUGCCGGCGGGGAGCUCGCCCCCAAACCCGUACCCGCCGGAUCUGAACCGGAAGCUGCCCCUCAAAACAGAGUUCGCCAACAAGUCGCCUCCUUACAGCUCGGGGAGCUACGACUCUGUGAAAACUGACCUGAGCGUGAGCGCCGAGGACCUGACCUCCGCUCGGGCGCAGAUGAUGGAUGAUGAUGACGACGACCAUGACGACCACGAAGACAGCGACAAAAUCAAUGACGCCGAGGGCAUGGACCCAGAGAGGCUGAAAGCCUUCAAUAUGUUCGUGCGUCUCUUUGUGGAUGAGAAUCUGGACCGCAUGGUGCCCAUCUCCAAACAGCCCAAGGAGAAGAUCCAGGCCAUCAUCGAGUCCUGCAGCCGCCAGUUCCCAGAGUUCCAGGAGCGCUCCCGCAAGCGCAUCCGCACCUACCUCAAAUCCUGCCGCCGCAUGAAGAAAGGCGGCUUUGAGAUUCGACCCACACCUCCCCACCUCACCUCUGCCAUGGCCGAGAACAUCCUCGCUGCUGCCUGCGAGAGCGAGACCCGAAAUGCUGCCAAAAGGAUGCGGCUGGACGUCUAUCCAGUGACGGAGGAGCCCAUUGCUGUUGACAAACCCGCCUCAAGGGAUCCAGCCCCCGUGGCGCCGUCAGGGUUCGCCAUCGCCAGCGCAGCUUUUGCCCAAGACCAGCUCUACACCAACGGAGGCCUCAACUACAACCUGCGGGGGUACGGCACCGUCAGCAGCAACCAGCAGAGUUCUGGUCCUGCACAAACCAACGGCCCUACGGAUUUAAGUAUGAAGUCAGUCGGACUGAACUCCUCCUCAAGCUCAAACAGCCACGGUCAGGGAGGCGGAGGCGGCGGCGCGUCGGCCCAGCUCAGCCCUCCGGAGGUGACGGCAGUGAGGCAGCUCAUUGCAGGCUACCGGGAGUCGGCGGCCUUCCUGCUCCGCUCGGCGGACGAGCUGGAAAACCUGAUCCUGCAGCAGAACUGAGCCAAACUGUGCCAACAACUCCUCCCCGCCGUGCCGCCCCACUUCCUCCCCGUCGGCCUGUCCGUCUCCGUGUAUCACACACAUUUGGCAGACUCUUGUUGAAGAGUGAUCCUUCAGCGCACAGGGGGGUCUGCAGGUGUGGUACUCGUACUGGUUCCCCGCAGGUUUACCGGUUUGGACCGACAGGCUGAAAAACGUUUCUUUAUGCAUUUAGCUCACUUUGACCUUAGUGCCCUGUUUUUGUGUAGCCAUUACUCACUUCAUUUUUUUUGCCACCAGAACCUCCAUUUGUCUCAGGAAAGCGACUUACGUGAAAAAAGUGCAUUAGUUCACAGUCUGAGGUACUGAAUUAGCUGAACUAAUUUAACCAAACUGUCGUUUGUGCAGACCUGUGGACUAGACGCUUAGUAAAAAAAAAAAAAAAAGAAAAGAGAAAAGAGCAGUGGAUUAGCACCAUUAUUUCUUUCUAUUUUUACACUCCUGUAAAAUAUGCUGUACAGUGGCAUGAUUUGAUUGGGUUGAUCGAAUCAAGUCAUUUCUAAAUUGCUGCUAAAAGACGUGGCAGCCUGCCACUGACCUGUUAACCUCAACGGCUCCUGCCUGACGUGCUUCAUGCACAGAGACAAAUGACAGAAAAUCAAAUUUAGCAUCAAAAGAGAAAAAAAAAUAACAGAACAGCAUUAUUUAUCUUUCUAUUCUUCAACCAGAAGAACAGAUCUGUCGUUGUUGAAAUUGUGCGUGGUUGCCGUGGUUUCCAGACACUUCUUUUGGUUAAUUCUGUCCGGACGAGGCGGUUUGUCAUUUCCUAAAAAAAGGUAGAAGGCCUUUUUUUAUGGGUAUGCAAGAGAAGGCACCUGUCAGGGAGUACAAUGCUGGAGUUUAGAACCAGUCCAACUGGAGGAAGGGGUAAAAAAACACAAAAAUAGGUGCAAUAUUGAUGAUAAUCAGAAAAGGUUCAGAUGAAGGCAUCUGCAGAGGUGAUGCUUCACCACAAUCCUCCACUGCUGAGACAGUCGAGUUGUAAAAAGAAAUAUCCCAUGCAGCAUUGUAGCCGAUUUCAAUGUUGUUCGUUGUGAAUACUAACCUCGUAACUGAGGCACUUUCCUGUAUUGGGAUUUGUGGUGACAAAAAAACAAAAAAAAAAAAAAGGGACCUGAUAGAAGAGUGAGACUCGGUGUUGCACGUCUUUUUCUUUUUUCAUUUUGUCUUUUUUUUUUAUUUAAAGUGUUGAACAUGUUUAAAAAAAGGCACAUGCAGUGGCAUACAGACGGUGAGGACCGUCUGCCUGUCAGCUUCCCUCUGAGCUCAGCGGCGUCCAGCCCCAUCUCCACUUUCCUCUCAAAGUCUGAGCACACUGUUUCCGAAAAACGCAACAGACAAUCUUAGAAAACUCGCAUCACAGUUUACUCCCCCCAGAUUUCUGCUAUGGUGUUUGCAUGUGUGUGUGUGUUUGUGUGUUUGUGUGUGAGGACACACAAAGUGAUCUAGAGCACAGUCUCACAACUUUCACUGGUGAGCACAAAACUGUUUGGCUUUGUUGGUGCGUGUGGUGUUGUGUUUGUGUGGAACUGGAGGAUUCAAUUCACUCGGCUGUAACAUUUCCAAGCGCCUGAUUGCACCUUCAGAAAGACUUUUUUCUUUAACUUUAAUCCAGAUGUGCAUAAAUUACAAAUUCACUUUUUUUUGCCACUUAAUAAUUGAGUUUUUCAUCAGUCCCAUCACAUCUCUCCUGUUAAGAGGUACUUUAUAGUUCAGGAUGAAGGCACAAAAACUUUAAUCACAGAAAUUACAGCAAAAGUAAUUUAAAAAAAGACAAAUUUAUCUUUAAAAAUGACAAAAAAAGGAUGUUUUAACAGGCGUUUAGUUCAUCUGAGGGGUGUUUAUACACCAGAGAAUCAGAGGAAAGUCUGCACAGAUUCACUGAAAGGUGCAUAAACUACUUCUGAGGUGGAUCUAUGACAAAAAAGCUUAUAGAGUAUAGAGGAAACAACCCAUCUGGGUUUGAGAAACCCCAGUUUUAACUCCUAAAAUUACUUUCUUUGUAGUCUUAUAACCCUUUAUCAUACGUCCACAAAUGAUCAUACAUUUCCUUCACUUUUGUCUGUUCUCAACAAAAUUUGAAAGUUUUUAGUAAAUCAAAAUAUGUGAUGAUUUCUGAUUCUGGCAGUGAGGGUUCAUUUGUUUCACAUCCAAUACUUAUGACUUAUUCUGUCAGGGAAUAUAUUGUUUCAAACAAUGAUAUUCCAACUAGAAAUGUAUGCCCUCGUUACCAUAAAAUGCAGAUUUUAGCAUCAAUAUUAUCUGCAUUUUUAUCAGCAUCUGGUGAAGACCAAAAAGGUUCAGAAACAGGGUCAGACUGGGAUCUUUCACUUUCUGUGUUUCUCUAAAGUCCACACCAAAGAAAGUUUCAUCUUUACAGAUUAUUGAGGCUCUAAGCUUUUUAGUUAUUCCUGGUUUUCCGUACAAAGGUAUUCGUUAAGAUGAUGAGCAUCAGCCUCCAUGUUUUCUGCCUUAAAGCAGAUCCAGCAUCCCUAACCGAACCAAACGUUGCCCCUGAAGUACCGUCACGAGCCCUAAAAGCCUCAUCCUGAAUGAAUCCCCCGCUGUGGGCUCCAGCAGGAUGACCGUCCUCCUGUCUUCCUCCCGUCUGGUUGUUUGUUUCUGUAGCCAUAGCAGAACCCUCACCAACAUCCACCCUCACAACUCGCUUGCUGAUUGAUGUUCCGUGUUCGCUGAGCUUACAUCGGAGCCGUGUGCUGGAGUUAACUGUGACGAACGACAACUUCUGGUUGUCCAAAUGUUGUUUUACGUUUUUUUUUUCUUUUUUUCUAAUGACUCCCAAUGAAUUCUUUCUCUUUCUCUCGUUUUUGAGUGGACAGUGUAAUCUAUUGUUGUUGAAAAUGCCCUGGUAGCUUGUGGAUUGCUAAAGUGGUCAGAUAAAUGUACUGUAUAGCUGUACAAAGAGUGAUAAACCUGUUUAUUUUUUAUUUUCCUGUGGGUACAGCACUGUUAAAAAAAAUCAAAGUGGUUUUAGCCCUUUGCCUGUUUUAACUUAUCAUUUUGUGAUGGUCUGUAUUACUUCUAUUGUUAUUUAUAUGAUUUGACUGGUUGCCUCUCCUGCACCGGUGAGAGACUGUGGCUCUGUGCAGGAGCUCGUACUGUAAACCUGUGUGAAGCUUUGUAUUUUCCCCUUUGGUUUUGGACUCAGUGAAAGUGUGAUGUUUACAUGUACAGUUUUUCAGAAUACUUUGUGUUGUUUUGUUUUUUCGGCAUUAUAUUCAAAAAGAUUCCGCCCCUCCCGAUCUGUGUACAUUUACCUAGAUAUUUUUUGUCGUUUCAUCGCAUCAGAUGCAGAUGUGACCUCUUUGACUCCUGCGUCGUCGCAUGGUCGGAGCGCGCCAUGACAGCCGUCCGUGGUCGGCUCAGGCGUUGUGGCGGCUUCGAGCAUUUACAAAAAAAAAAGAAGAAAAAACGUGAAGUAAAAAAGGGGGCGUCACAACUUCUCAAAGUGGACCAGCAAAUACCUAACAAGGUUGAAGACGACGCCAGUCGUCUGAUUCAAAAUCCUUUAGUGGCCUAAAUGGAGAACGACGGCGUGUAGAUGCAUUUAUUAAGCUUUUAAGUGCUAAUUCUCUCCUGGCGGCGAUGUCAGGGGCAGCUCCUUGUCAUUGACUCAACCGGUACCCCGAAAGGUACACUUUGACCUGUUGUACCAUCUCCUCGGUAACACAAAAGCCAUUCCCCUCUCCUGGCCUUUUAAGGGGAACCCAUAAACCUCAGGAAAUAGUGAAUCUCCAAGUUUAGUUUUAUCCACUAAUUUCUUCUGAAAUUAGAAUUAAGUCUCUAACAAAAAAAACCAUUAACAUUUAUAUGAGAUGUCUAUUGUUUUGUACAUUUAUCAUUGUGACUUAAAAGUGGAGCUUUUUCCAGUACCUGUGACUUAAUAUUUUUCCUUUUUUUAUUUCCUUUUUUGUUUUUUUUUUGGAGUGUUUAUAAGUAUGGAUAUGUAUUAUUAUAUGUGAAACAACAAAAAGACAAAAGAAAAGGUUUAACCUGUUUCAUUUGUAUGUUUCAUGCAAAACUGUCCAGGUGAGAUUUUCUCUGCCUCUUACAUAUCACUAUUGAGGGACCUGUGUUUGUUUGGAAAUGGCGCUUUUUCAGUGUUGCAUCAACGCUAUGACAAAAAAGACAAAAAACAGAAAAAAAAAAUUAAAAAGUGGUUUACCAACAGCGGAGUUGAAAAGCUCUCCUCUUCUCCUGAGAUGUCAGUAAUUGAAUAAAAUAGUGCGAUGAGCUAUCAAACUCA